GCGGCAGUCGGGGGCAUCCAGCGGAGUAAAUGGUCGCUGUCACUGUUAUGUCUGUGCGCCAGUCCAGGGAUGGAUCCGGAAUGCGGCGUAGCCUCUGGAGGGAGUUUUAUUUCCCUGGAUGAAAACGAACAGAGGUAUUACUCGGGUCUCCAUAAUCUGUGCCAGUCGGACAGCGCGGGGAAAUUGUCGGCCAGCAAAGUCGGAGAGCUGUUCAAGGCGUCUCAGCUGCCGCCUGAAGCCUUGCAUCAGGUAACUGAGGUGUGCGGAGCGAAGCGGCUGGGUUACUUCGGCACAACGCAGUUCUAUGUGGCCCUAAAGUUGCUGGCCGCUGCCCAGUCAGGUCUGCCCAUCCGUCUGGAGAGUGUCACGACUACUCUACCUCCGCCGAGAUUUGUCGGACUAAAGAAUGAACCAGAGCCGGGACACUCGACCUUCCCUCAAAGCGUAGACGCUCAGGGGCUGCAGUGUGGAGCUUCGGCGGUUUCUGUCCCCUGGACCCCGACGGACAGGAGUGCCUUCAGACACCAGGAGGGCCAUGUAGAGAAAAAGGAGCUUUGGUCUCCCCCACGGUCACCCUGUAGUUCACCGCCCCGAUCCCCAUCAAGUAGCCGCAACUACCCUUACAGCAUGCAGAGAAACGGGACAGACUCACAAAUGGCCUAUGACAGCAAACACUCGGCGAGGCCUGUCGUUCAGCUGGAACAACACUCCUCACCCAAUAAGUACGGGACCAAGCCUUCUGUGGAUCACCUCGCUAUGCCUCGGGCUGCCUCAGUGGAGAGACUGGACCAGCGGGGGGUAAUGGACUACUCCGAGGAUGACCCCUGGAGGAUCACAGAGGAACAGCGGGAGUACUACACAAACCAAUUCAAAACACUACAGCCUGACCUUGGGGCUCUCAUCCUGGGAACCUUUGCAAAGAACUUUUUCACAAAAUCCAAGCUCCCAAUACCAGAGCUUUCCCAUAUUUGGGAAUUGAGUGAUGUGGAUAGAGAUGGAGCGCUCACUUUCUCUGAGUUUUGCACAGCCUUUCAUUUGAUUGUGGCUCGCAAGAACGGUUACCCCCUCCCAGAGACUCUCCCACCAACCCUCUGGCCAGGGUUUAUAGAGCAGGAGGAGGACAUACCAGAAACUCCUGAAAGUGCAGACCCUCUCAUUGUCUUUGAAGAUGCAGAACCAAGACCCAAUCAGCUGGAUAGGAGUGUUGUAGAGAGGCUUCAGCCAGGUGUGGCCACAGCGAUGCACAAUUUGAAAGAAGAGUCCUGCAAGCCAGAUUUGACUUCAAAAGGGCUGGCAACAUUUCAAACCAAACAUACUUUACAAGUUGGUGCUUUUCCCGGAGGACCAGAAACGCCUCAUGAUUUGGACCCACAGAUGAAGGCAAGAACUAGGCCGAGGUCCUACUCCAGUACCUCUAUUGAUGAUGCCAUGAAGAAGACAGAAGAGCCACCUACCCCUCCACCUCGACCCCAGAAAACCCACUCCAGGGCUUCUUCUCUGGACCUUAACAAGCUCUUACAACAGGGUGCUCAGGGGGUAAAAAGUGGAUGGCUGCCCCCUCCUCCAGCCCUCCCUCCAAGACCGUCUGCCACACAGGCGCCGCACUUCAUGAGUGCUACGGAGAAAACUCCCCAGAAGGCAGUGCAGCAGCCAAACUUUGCAGACUUCAGCCAGUUCAGGGAAGAGGAGGAAGCUAAGAUAAAGCUUGAAGAGAAGGGUACACUACGCCGAGCGGGACCAAGUUCUGAGGACCUGACAAACGCUCAAAAGCAGGACAGGACUGGAAUCUCUCAUAACCAACCUCCACAGAAGCCAAUUCGCAGGAAAUACCACCCAGAGAACCCGAACCUGGAGGCCACGCCCCCUCCUACUGUGCCCUUUGCUCCACCCACUGCAUCCAUUCAAAAGCUGCUGUCCAGGCAGAGGAGAGAGAUCCAAAUGGCCAUCCGUAAGAAUAAGGAGACCAACGCCGUGUUGACACGCCUCAACAGCGAACUUCAACAGCAGCUGAAGGAGGUUCACCAGGAGAGGAUCACCUUGGAGUCCCAGCUGGAGCUCCUCCGACCCCUGACCUCUCUGUGACAAGGCCAAAAAUCUGGUCGGCUUCAUGCUCCCAGUGCUCCACCCCAGCUCCUGCACACGAACCUCUCCACAACCCCGGAGUGCUCUGAUCCAAACUACGUGAAUGUGUCUGCGGUCUCCCUUUACACGCGGGGUCAAAAACACAAGAGCUGAUGAUGAUAUACACAAAGGUGCAUUGUCCGUCUAACCCAGUAGCCGUGCAAAAUAGGUUUUGCUUAUCCUGGCAUUCAAGGAACUCCACAACCAAGUUUAUUUUCUAAUAAAUGUUUGGACAGAUGAAGGUCAGCAGUACUUAUUUGUUCUGGGUUGUUUUAUCGCUGUAUUGUUUAUAAUGUUUUGCAUGAUUAAACCAUAUGUUUUUAAUCUUUGUAUAUCCAAUUGCAAAGUGGGCUACUGUACAGUAGGAAAAUACUAAUUUAUUUUUUUUCUCUUCUGUGUUGAAAUGAGAUGUCCCCUGUGACUAUCCCUUCGCUCAUGAAAUACUUCAGUUUGAACACAAAUUGCACCGCCCUACAUACAUGUUGACAUUCUGUAUUAAUGUGGGUAAAUGCGAGGCAUAUACAGGAUCUAAAAUAUUCACAUUUGUGCUUUCUGCUCACAUCCACGCACGGUAUAAAACAAGCGAUGGUGCAACAGAUGAAUGUAAUACUCCACACAUAGCAGUAUACGAGAAUAACCAGCUGCAAUGUUUGUGCUCCAUAUUUGCAGAAGCCGAGUCCGAUGCGUGGAAAACUCUUUAGGAAAAGUCAUCUUGUCACGUGUCUUCACCAUCCACACAUGAAUAGAGCUGUUGAAUGAAAUGUGGUUUUGAAGAAGCAGUCAGACUGUAGCACUGGUACUGUAACUGGCUGUGAAGACAAUGAAGAAUGUUUUUAUUUUUUAACUAGAUUUGUAUGAAAUGUCCAUAUUUUACUUGAACGCUUCAAGUUAAUCUCAUCUAAACUUUGUCAUUUUGAAAAUAAAAUUAUUUUGUUUUUUUUU